AUGAACGUGGAGAAUAAAAUUGAAAUGAACAUAACUUUCUUGUCGCCUGUUACACCCACCGAUCUCAAGCGCCAAUCCCUCGUUUUCUCUUAUCUCAAUGUUGAGGUCUCUUCUCUUGAUGGCCAGAAGCAUAAUGUGCAGGUCUAUGCGGAUAUCUCUGCAGAAUGGGUAUCGGGCGACCGAAAUGCCAUUGCAGAAUGGGAGUAUGGUACCACUGAUGGUGUUGCCUACCACAAGGUAUACCGACAGACUCAACUGGCCUUUUCUGAAAAGAACGAGCAGGGUGAAUGGGGUAACUGGUACUGGGCCACCGACGAUUCGAAAGGCAUGACACACCAGUCUGGUGCGGCUACCGACGUCCGUGGUCAGUUCACGAGAAGUGGGAAACUCAUCAAUGGCGGCGACACCAACUUCCGGGCUAUUUCUUCCACCUGGCCUGUCUUUGGAUUCUCAUCUGAUCUGGGCUUAAUCGACUCCACGCCUGUCAGCACACUCUUCUCUCUUGGUCUGACACAGGAUGAAGCCGUUCAAUACGAAGGUGCUUCAAAUUACGCCCCGGUCCCGUCCUUGUGGAAGAGCUAUUUCGAUACCGAGUUGGCUGCUCUUUCAUUCUUCCACCAGGAUCAUGCCGAAUCGAGCAAUCUUGCAAGCUUUUUCGACAGCAAGGUGGCUCAAGAUUCAAUCGCCACAGCUGGCCAAGACUACCUCACUAUUACUUCGCUCUCAGUUCGACAGGCAUUCGGUGCUACCCAACUCUGUGGUACAAAGAAUCAAACCUAUCUGUUCCUGAAGGAAAUUUCUUCUGACGGCAACAUGAACACUGUGGAUGUUGUCUUCCCAGCCUACCCGAUUUUCUUAUACGCCAACCCCGAACUCCUGAAGCUAGUUCUUACUCCUCUGUUUGAGAACCAGGAGGCUGGGAAGUACCCAAACAAAUAUUCUAUGCACGAUCUAGGCUCGGCUUACCCUAAUGCCACAGGUCACUCUGAUGGCAAUGACGAGAAAAUGCCACUAGAAGAGUGCGGAGAUAUGCUCAUCAUGUCUUUGGCAUAUGCGCAGAAGUCGGGUGACUCUGACUUUUUAAAUAACCACUACGCUCUUCUCAAGCAGUGGACCAGUUAUUUAGUUGAAGACUCGCUUUACCCUGCAAAUCAGAUCUCAACGGACGACUUUGCUGGCUCCCUAGCCAACCAAACCAACCUCGCACUCAAGGGCAUGAUCGGUAUUCAGGCCAUGGCAGUUAUCGCAAACCAGACUGGCCACACUGCUGACGCUGCUAAUUACUCGAGCAUCGCCAAAGACUACAUCACUCAGUGGCAGGACCUGGCAAUUGCUAAGAAUGCUAAUCCUCCCCGAACGACCUUGUCGUACGGCGACACCGCUAGCCAUGGUCUGCUCUACAAUAUCUUCGCCGAUGCCCAGCUGGGCCUGAAUCUUGUUCCACAGUCUGUCUAUCAGAUGCAGAGCGACUUCUACCCAACUGUUGCGAACAAGUACGGUGUGCCUCUAGAUACUCGUCACACAUACACGAAAGGUGACUGGGAGUGCUUUGCAGCAGCGGUCAGCUCAGUCAAUACUCGGACCAUGUUCAUCAAGGAUCUCGCCACCUGGAUCAACGAGACGCCGACAAACCGACCCCUGACUGAUCUAUACGACACCAUUUCAGGAAACUACCCCCAAAACACCUUCAUCGCUCGCCCCGUCAUUGGUGGUUCAUUCGCUCCUCUCAUUGUCAGCUAG